AUGGCCGCUGCUGCUCAAAAGCUUCUCGGCCGUCUUGGAUCUGUUGGCGUUGGGCUCGCGGUCGCUGGCGGUGUCGCGCAAUCUGCCUUGUACAACGGUAUUUAUUGCUCCCUUUCAAGAAAUAGAAGAAUCAGCAUAAACAAAUAAAACUGUGAGGCAAUUUUCAUUGCAGUGGAUGGUGGUCAACGUGCAGUUAUUUUCGAUCGGUUUUCCGGUGUGAAAGACGAAAUCACUGGAGAAGGAACUCAUUUUUUGAUUCCUUGGGUGCAGAAGCCCAUAAUUUUUGACAUUCGAUCUACUCCUAGAAUUGUUUCGACAAUUACUGGUAGUAAAGGUAUUUUUGAAAAUUUUUUCCUAAGACUAUUAUUUUUGAAAGCUAGAUCUUCAAAAUGUAAACAUAACUCUACGUAUCCUCCAUCGCCCUGAUCCCAGCAAACUUCCAAAUAUCUACUUGAACAUUGGAUUGGAUUACGCCGAGCGCGUUCUACCUUCCAUCACUAAUGAAGUUCUGAAAGCUGUUGUAGUAUGUUGCCAUUUAGUGAUAAACCGGAUUUUAUUCACGUUUUAGGCUCAAUUUGACGCCCAUGAAAUGAUCACGCAGCGUGAAACGGUUUCACAAAGAGUUUCGGUUGCUCUCGCUCAAAGAGCUGCGCAGUUCGGCUUACUUCUUGAUGAUAUUUCUAUUGUAAGUGCAGAAUAAGGUAUCGAAACAGUUUUCAAUUAUUCAGACACAUUUGAACUUCGGACGAGAAUUCACAGAAGCAGUAGAAGCAAAACAAGUGGCACAGCAAGAAGCUGAGAAAGCAAGAUAUUUGGUAGAAAAGGCUGAGCAGAUGAAAAUCGCCGCCAUUACUUCGGCGGAGGGAGAUGCACAAGCGGCAAAACUUCUGAGCAAAGUAAUUUCUUGCAUCCGUCCUCUCUUUUUAUUUUCUUUUCACAGGCUUUCGCCUCGGCUGGAGAAGGACUUGUUGAACUGAGGAAAAUAGAAGCGGCCGAGGAGAUUGCAGAACGAAUGGCCAAAUCAAAGAAUGUCGUUUACCUGCCCGGCAAUCAACAAACGCUCCUCAGUAUCCCUCAGUAA